AUGGAAAGGCUCGAUGCCCCUGUCACACUUCAUUCAGCGUGUCGGUGCGAGCUGCGUUGCUUGCCUUCCGGUGCGCAGCUCCUGCAUUUGCAUUCUUCGGGUAAUGAAGGGGACUCUCUUUGUGUCUCAGUGUGGGGGAUCCCAUACUCCCCGAGUGAGUUUAUUGAAGCAGCGUUGCGUGCCAGUCACCCAGGGUUGGCGGCUUCAGACUUGCCAAGCCCCCUUGCGCGUGCCAUCGAAAAGUGUGCGCAAAGUAAGCCGGAGGCGCUGGCUAAGGAAAGAACCAACUUGGUAAGGCAGUGGGCCGCCCGUGCACACGCGCUGGAGGAGGAGGAACGGGCAUUCAAGCAGAGUUUACAUCCAGAGGUUGCAAAAAUCCUUGCCCCAAAGAGGCUUCUUCUGUGGCGUGAGCUCUUGCACCAGUUUGAGUACCCGGACCCAGAAGUCUUCAGCUUGAUCACGUCAGGGGUCAGCCUUACUGGGGAGGUAGAAUGUUCAGGCCUGUUUAACAGCGUGAAUAGACCUGCCACCAUGUCCAUGCAGCAAUUGCGAGAGUCUGCUGCUGCCAUAACGGCUGAGGCGCUUGCCCAGACGAGACCGCAAUUUCUGGAGGUGGACAGGGUGGUCUUAAGCAAGACCGAGCAUGAAGUGCAGCAAGGUUGGCUCCAUGGGCCAAUACCGCUCUGUGAGUUGCCGAGUGGGUCGGUGGUGUCCCGGCGGUUUGGACUGGCUCAGGGAGAGAAGGUGAGGUUAAUUGAUGACCUUCGGCCGGUGAACCAAACUGUGGCCACUUCAGAGUCACCUCGGCCUCACACG